AUGCCAAUCAUUGAUGUAUUAUUAGAGAAUAUUAAAAACGAGGCCAUCGACAGAAAGGACGCCAUAAUACUUCUCGCUUGCGCCAACAUUAACGAUCACGAACUACAUGAUGAGAUUGUGGCUCGGCUGGUGGCAAAAGGCAUUGCCACCAUUGAAGAAUCCGAAAGUACCGAAAUUGACGUGGAAAUUUUCCGUAUGACGCUGAAAGAGAAUAGAAGUACUAAAACAUAUGGGAAAAACGGAAUAAAUGCACUUCAUUACGUAGCAUUGCACGCAAGGACGACGGACGUCAUCGACGUCGUUCUGGAAACGGGCAAAUUCGACAUCAACGGAGGUGACAACGAGGCAAACACACCUCUUCAUUACGCAAUAAUGGGAUACUAUCCUAUGAUCAACACUGCUCAUCUCCUUCAAAAGGGAGCCAAUCCCAACGGUGCCGGUAAAAAUGGAAUCACUCCACUUCAAGCGGCGACUGGUUUAACAGAAGACGUGCGAAUCGUCGAGCUACUCCUCAAUCAUCCAGACGUGGAUGUCAACCGCUUGGACAAUGCCGGGCGAAAUGCGCUGGAUUACGCAAUGAACAACAAGAAAGGGCAAGGCGAAAGAAUUGCCAAUUUGUUGAAAGAGAAAGGCGCCGUGGAAAGUGAAAAUCAACUGGAUGCGAAGGUACAUGCUCUAGAUCGCGCCAUAAGAGAUUCUGACGUAGAAAUGAUUUACACGCUAGUCGAAAAUGGAUUAAAUAUUACAACCGUGACAUGGAACAAGAAAAACAUGAACGCCCUUCACGUGGCAUCGUUUUUGGCAAAGACGACCGAUGUCAUCGACGUCGUUCUGCAAAUGGGAGAAUUCGACAUCAACGGAGUUGACGACGAUGGAUUGACACCUCAGAUUCACCACGCACUAAUGGGAAACAAUCCUAUGAUAAACGUUCCUCAUCUCAUUCAACUGGGAGCCGACCCCGGAAUUACUGAGAAGAAAGGAGUAAUCACCUUUUUUGACAGUGAAACGAUAAAUGAAGACUCCAAGUACUUGCUGGUCCAACUACUCUUGGACAGUGAAGCAAUGAACGUUGGUACUUGCGACAAGCACGAAUAUUAUUUCUAUCCAACAAAUGUGUGUGGUCUUAAAUUAAAUUUGUUUCUCAAUCCGCCUGUAUACAACAAGAAAAAUGACUGA